GAAGAAGAAGAGUUUUUUUAGCAAAAAUAAUUGCAAUUAGUUGUUCUUAAAAGCGACAUUUUUGUUUUGAAUUAAGUUUGUGUAACAUAAAACCGGCAAAAUUUAUUCUCCUAGGCGUUUACGUUCAUUUCUGAUUAUGACGUUGGUUGGUCUUGCUGCAAGGAAACAGAUCUUGAAAAAGCGAAAUGCGAAAUUAGCGGCAGCUUUUCCUAAUGGAGUUCGUUGCCAGAAAUGCCUAGAAUUUGGUCAUUGGUCGUACGAAUGCAAAGAGAAACGUAAAUUUGUGCACCGUGCGUCCAGAACUAAGCAAUUGCAAAAGAAAUUAGCAGAAAGAUCCAAUAUCAACGGCGAAAGCACACAAAGCGUCGAAGCGGUUUCCAGUUCAGUUACAAUCAAACGGGAAAAAAAAGGUCACAAUUCUUCGUCGUCCGCCUCGAGCGAGAGCUCUUCAGAUUCAGACUCCGAGUCAGAUUCAUCAGAAGAUGAUAGCGGCUCUUCGGGUAAAGGCUCGUCAAGUGAUAGUUCUUCAAGUGACAGUGAAUCAGAUAGCUCAAGCGACACAGACGAUUCGGGCUCGACAGGCAGUUCGAAUAGUGAUGACGACGAUGGCGAGUUAGCACCGCCAAAGAGUAAAAAGUUUAAACAAACAUCGGAAAGUUCUUCAAGCGGUUCUGACGACAAUGACGAUAUAUAAAAGGAGAAGAGCUUUCAUCUCAAAGACAAUACAACAUCAUUGCUACAAUACACUGAAGAGGUGAAUCUAUAUUUACACCUCUUCUCUUAAGCUUUAGUAGUUUUUAGUUUCCUAAUUUUUAAUUCUUGAAAAUUGGAUUAUGUUUAAGAGAUUUUCAAUGUUUGCGAACACA